AUGGAAAUCAAAGAGGAAGGAGCAUCAGAAGAAGGCCAGAACUUUCUGCCCACACCCCAGGCAAAUGAUACUGGGGAAUUUCAGUUCACAAGUAUUCAGAAGACUCCAAAUGAACCUCAGCUGGAAUUCAUCCUUGCAUGCAAGGAUCUUGUGGCUCCCCUGCGUGAUAGGAAGCUGAAUACACUGGUGCAGAUCUCAGUAAUCCACCCAGAGGAGCAGGGUCUGACAAGAUACUCCAGCACGGAAAUUGUGGAGGGAACAAGAGACCCACUGUUCUUGACUGGUGUCACAUUCCCAUCUGAGUAUCCCAUCUAUGAGGAGACCAAAAUAAAACUAACAGUCUAUGAUGUCAAGGAUAAGUCUUAUGACACUGUUAGAACAAGUGUCCUCCCUGAACAUAAGGAUCCCCCGCCAGAGGUUGGGCGAAGCUUUCUGGGCUAUACCAGUUUUAAAGUCGGAGAUCUACUGAAGUCCAAGGAGCAGGUGCUGACCCUGAGCCUGAGAACUUCAGAUGGUGGCAAGGUUGUUGGCACCAUACAAGUCAGUGUCGUGAAGAUGGGGGAGAUUGAGGAUGGGGAAGCCGACCACAUCACGACAGAUGUGCAGGGACAAAAGUGUGCACUGGUAUGUGAAUGUACAGCCCCAGAAAGUGUGAGCAGAAAAGAUAACCUACCUUUUUUGAACGCAGUGUUAAAGAACCCAGUGUGUAAAUUAUAUAGAUUUCCCACAUCUGACAAUAAGUGGAUGCGAAUCCGGGAGCAGAUGUCAGAGAGCAUACUUUCUUUUCAUAUUCCUAAGGAAUUGAUCUCUCUUCAAAUCAAAGAAGAUUUGUGUAGAAACCAGGAGCUAAAAGAACUUGGUGAGCUUUCUCCACACUGGGACAAUCUACGAAAAAAUGUCCUUACUCACUGUGAUCAAAUGGUGAAUAUGUACCAAGACAUUCUGACAGAACUCAGCAAGGAAACAGGGUCCUCUUUCAAAUCAAGCAGCAGCAAAGGAGAGAAAACAUUAGAAUUUGUUCCAAUAAAUCUACAUCUGCAAAGAAUGCACGUACACAGCCCUCACUUGAAAGAUGCUCUCUACGAUGUCAUCACUGUGGGAGCCCCAGCUGCGCAUUUUCAGGGAUUUAAGAAUGGUGGUCUUCGGAAACUACUCCAUAGAUUUGAAACGGAAAGAAGAAAUACUGGAUACCAGUUUAUUUACUAUUCACCUGAAAACACAGCCAAAGCAAAAGAAGUUCUCAGCAACAUCAAUCAACUACAACCUCUUAUAGCAACCCAUGCAGACCUACUGCUUAAUUCUGCAAGCCAGCAUUCUCCAGACAGCUUGAAGAAUUCUUUAAAGAUGCUUUCAGAAAAAACAGAGCUUUUCGUACAUGCCUUCAAGGAUCAGCUGGUCAGAAGUGCCCUUUUAGCACUUUACACUGCCAGGCCAGGAGGUGUCCUUAAUAAGCCGCCCUCUCCUAAGAACAGCACAGAGGAGAGCAGUUCCCAGGACCCACCCCCGCCGAUGAGAAGGCAGGACUCCAUACCGCAUCAUUCGGACUAUGAUGAGGAAGAGUGGGAUAGGGUGUGGGCCCACGUGGGCAAGAGCCUGAACUGCAUUAUUGCUAUGGUCGAUAAACUGAUUGAAAGAGACGGCAGCGGUGAAGGAGACGAUGGCAGCGGCAAAGAUGGAGAAAAGGGCCAUUCUCUAGGGGACUCCGUCAUAACUCAUCCACAGGAGGACUGGUAUGAACAGUUGUAUCCCCUCAUCCUUACCCUGAAGGACUGCAUGGGAGAAGUGGUGAAUCGAGCCAAGCAGUCCCUGACGUUCGUGCUCCUUCAGGAGCUUGCCUACAGCCUUCCCCAAUGUUUGAUGCUGACGCUAAGAAGAGACGUCGUCUUCAGCCAAGCACUUGCUGGAUUGGUCUGUGGUUUUAUCAUCAAAUUGCACACAAGUUUGUAUGACCCUGGCUUCCUUGAGCAGCUUCACACGGUGGGAUUGAUAGUACAAUAUGAAGGACUGCUAAGUACAUAUAGUGAGGAAAUUGGAAUGCUGGAGGACAUGGCCGUUGGUAUUUCAGAUUUGAAGAAAGUCGCUUUUAAAAUAACUGAAGCCACAUCCAAUGAUGUCUUGCCAGUUAUAACCGGAAGGCGUGAACAUUAUGUGGUGGAGGUGAAGCUUCCAGGCAGAAUGUUUGAGUCCCUGCCUCUACAGAUUAAAGAAGGACAAUUGCUUCAUGUGUAUCCAGUACUUUUUAAUGUUGGAAUCAAUGAACAGCAAACUCUUGCUGAGAGGUUUGGAGAUGUCUCUUUGCAAGAAAGUAUUAAUCAGGAAAAUUUUGAACUUCUAAAAGAAUAUUACACGGUAUUUAUGGAAAAGAUGCCUCCUGAUUACAUUUCACAUUUUCAAGAACAAAAUGAUUUAAAAGGAUUACUAGAAAAUCUCCAUCAAAAUAUUCAAGCCAAAAAGAGAAAGAAUGUAGAAAUCAUGUGGCUGGCUGCAACGAUUUGUCGCAAACUAAAUGGCAUCCGUUUCACCUGUUGUAAAAGUGCCAAAGACAGGACGUCGAUGUCAGUGACGCUUGAACAAUGCUCAAUCUUGAGGGAUGAACACCAGUUACACAAGGACUUCUUUAUCCGAGCACUGGAUUGUAUGAGAAGAGAAGGCUGCCGCAUAGAAAAUGUACUGAAGAAUAUCAAAUGCAGGAAGUAUGCUUUCAACAUGCUACAGCUGAUGGCUUUCCCCAAGUACUACAGACCUCCAGAGGGGACUUAUGGAAAAGCUGACACCUAA